GGAACUGGUGGUACACUUGUAAAUAACAACAGUGGGCGCCGCUGCUUUCUGGGGGGACUCUGGUCUUCCUGUCGGUUGGCGAAGCUCCGGGCUCCUCUCGUAGCUCAUUAAAUGUUAGCUCAGUCAGGCAGCGAACUUCUGUCCUGAACGGACAGCUUUUAUGCCGCAACAUGGACUUCUUGCUCCAGGUGAAAAUUGGCGCUCUGGUCGGUUUAUUGCUCCUGACUCUUUUUUUUGGAUUUAUCCCCGCUCGAGUCAAAUGUUUCAGAGACACACACGGGACAGACAGCCACCGCACAGUUCUCAGUCUGAUCAGCUGCUUCGCCGGCGGGGUUUUCCUUGCAGCAUGUUUCCUCGACAUCAUUCCAGAUUAUCUGUCCGACAUAAAGGCUGAGCUGGACGCUCGGUCUGUGGAGACCAGUUUCCCCCUCGCAGAGUUCAUCAUGGCCGCCGGCUUCUUCAUGGUCCUCAUCCUGGAGAGGGUCGUGCAGAACUGUCGGGAGAUGCGGGGGACUCGGGAGGAGAGGGCUCCCCUCAUCCCGGACAACAGGAACGGCCACGGCCACGGCCACGGAAGCAGCCCCGACCUGGAGGGCAGCGGCCACCACGUCCACGUGGACUUUCAGGCCCACUCGCCCUUCCGCUCCUUCAUGCUCUUCCUCUCCCUCUCGCUCCACUCGGUUUUCGAGGGCCUCGCCAUCGGCCUGCAGAGCACGGACUCAAAGGUGUUGGAGAUCUGCAUCGCCAUCCUUGUCCACAAAAGCAUCAUAGUCUUCAGCCUGUCGGUGAAGCUCGUCCAGAGCGCCGUGCGCCCGCUGUGGGUGGCCGCCUACAUCGGCGUGUUCGCCAUGAUGUCGCCGAUAGGCAUCGCCAUCGGCAUCAGCGUGAUGGAGGCCCAGCUGGCGGCGGGGGCGCUCAUCCAGGCCGUCCUGGAGGGGCUCGCCGCGGGGACCUUCAUUUACAUCACCUUUCUGGAGAUCCUCCCGCACGAGCUCAACUCCCCCGGGAAGCAGCUCCUCAAGGUGCUCUUCAUCCUGCUGGGCUUCAGCGUCAUGGCGUGUCUGACGCUUUGGGACUGAGACGAGUCGCCGUUCAGCCGGCAGCUCACUUUCGCGCUGAGAGACAAACCGUUCCCUCGUUACCAAAGAAGAAAUCGGUUUGCUUGCGCACUGUUACACCCGACUCUGGUGCUUUUAAUGUUAAAGGGAGCACGACAACAGAUGUGGAUGUAGUAUCGUUUUUUAAUAUUGUUUUAAAAAUGCAUAAAGGAGUCGGGACAAUUUGCGCUGAAUCAUUUCCUCUCACGAUGUGUUGAUGUAAAGAGGAACCGCGUCGAUUAGUGUGUUGAAAGACUGAAAGUGGCGCAGGGGAACAAAGUGGUGUUCUGAUUCAUCACUAGCUUUGUAUUGCAACAUGUGAAAGAAAGAAGCCUGUAAGAGGAAUCCACUGGAAACAAGAAGUCAUUACCACCAGAUUCAUAUCUACAUUUUACUUGAAAGUAAUUCCAACACACAUUGUUGAAGUGUUUCAUAUCUUUACUUCAGACUCUGCUGGAUGGUUCUUAACUUAACGUGAUGUUUCCUCUGACCCAGGUCCAUUUGGUGAACCCUGACAUUUUAGAUCUAGUUUCUAUUUGGGUCCUUUUACUCUUCAAAUAUCAACACAUAAUAUAUUUGUCCAGUAAACCAGUCUAUUGUAAACUGACUCCCUGAUGCCUUAUGAGGUUACAUACCCGAAUAACAGAGAGGAGGUGCAAUGAUGAUGAAAAUAUGAGCUAUUUAUUUAUAUACAAUUUCCCUAUACGUUUUUUUUUCUCGCUAAUUUAAUCCAUUUAGUUUCAACCGUGUCCAUUUUGUCUAAAAAUGCAAACAACGGGCUGCUUUAUUGAAACUCUUUCUGUAAGUAAAGGUUUUUUUUUAGUUUUCUCAUCGUUGUGGACACGUUGAUGAGCUUUAAAUAUAAAGAAAAGAGAAGAAAAGAUAAAUCAUUAAUUCCGCUAACUGACAAUUUAUUGUAUUUUACUUGCACAUUCUUGUGUUUGUGUCUAGAAUCAAAUCCAGGAAGACACCGCAUUACUUUACAUGGGCUACAUUGAUUUUGCCCACUGACACUCAAUUUCUUUUUAUUCAUGUCCAUGUAUGACGUUAAAGUUAUGAACUGUCACUACUGAGUCAAUUCCUCUUUUAGUCGGUCAUGUGAUCGGAGGAUGUGAGAAUAAAAAGGACGACGCUGUGAGUUUCUUGCCACAAAAACUUACACAGCAAAAUAAAAGUGCCGAUGAUAUAACAUUAUGUCAUGAAUGUUAUUUAGCAUGUUAAAAGUCACCUAAUCAACACUUGUGAAGAACCACUGUUUCACAUCUGUGUUGUUGUUGUUUUUUUGUUAGAACAUAAACAGUUGCAUUUCAUGUGUAAAAAUACUAAUUUGUUUGUACAGCGUAAAAAACAAACUGUCAAGGAAAACUACAUUUAUUGUUUUGGUCCUUGUGAUUAUUGAUCCUGUGUGCAGGAUAAGCAGUUUGAAGAUGGAUGGAUUUUCAUAUCUUCAAUUUACUCUUUCUGGGAUAAUAUAUGAAUACUUGAACAAUAUAAUAAAGCUGUAUAGUAAAAA